AUGACGUUCACUCUUAUUGGGGUCGCUGAGCGUGAUACGUCUGGUCCAACAAGUGUCAUUGCUUUACUUGAGGAACCUCUGACCUCCAUCCUGACGUCGAGGUUCCUCAUCAACUUGCAAAAGGCGCAGCGCAGGCUGGAGGACUCCUCUUCCGGAUCAGUAUCACUCGGAGAAGUUGCGUUCCAACAGCAGAUGUCAAGGAACACGAGCCGCUUCAUUGGGUCCUUGGGAGGCCAGCUCUCGUUUCACGAGGAUGAUCGUGAAGAGAACGACGUCGAGUAUACAUCGUAG